UUAUGAGAAGCCUCCUCCUGGGCUGAUCAAGGAAGAUGAGAGCAAGCCGGAAGACUGCAUUCCAGAUGUGCCAGGCAACGAACACGCCCGCGAGUUCCUGGCCCACGCACCCACGAAAGGACUCUGGAUGCCGCUGGGGAAGGAGGUCAAAGUGAUGCAGUGUUGGCGUUGCAAACGAUAUGGUCACCGGACAGGUGACAAAGAAUGCCCUUUCUUUAUCAAAGGCAACCAAAAGUUAGAACAGUUCAGAGUGGCACAUGAAGAUCCCAUGUACGACAUCAUUCGGGAGAAUAAAAGACAUGAGAAGGACGUGAGGAUCCAGCAGCUGAAACAGCUCCUGGCCGACUCCACCUCAGAGGAGGACGGAAGCAGCUCUGGGUCCUCAGAGUGUAGAGACAAACACAAGAAGAAGAAGAAGAAGAAGGAGAAGCACAAGAAAAGAAAGAAGGAAAAGAAAAAGAAGAAGAAGCGGAAGCAGAAGUCGUCCAAGUCGAGUGAGAGUUCGGACUCAGAGUGAGGUGGACACCUUGCCGAGCCCUCAGGAACCCAGCACUGUGGCCUGAAUGGAGGGGACACGCGCAGAGCGGCUGGGCCAGCAGCCGGGAGGGGACAUGGGGUCUGCGGGGAUGCUCACCGCUUCCCGAAGCACACUGCGCUGUUCCCCAGUGCCAGGCCUCCUGAUGUCACACAGGAGAGCUCUUGAGUGUCCAGGAGCCUGGGACCCCUUUGCAGCCUCCAUGGGCAGCAGAACCCAGGACUCUGGGUGGCCAUGUGGGGCUGCCCUGGCCCGGAUGCGCUGUCCUAGUGUGGUAGCUCAGUCCCAUGAUUUCAAACCUGGCCAUCUGUUGUUGAGGAUAAUAAAAGCUUGUGAUUUAUUUUUCAAA